UAUUCCUCUUAUAGUUUUAGAGAUUUGAAAAGAUAACGUUUAAAGCCAUGUCUAAUGAUGAAACAGACAAAGAAAGUGAAUCUGGAGGUUGGAACAUGUUUAGAUCUCCAGUGGAUUUUUCAUUUAGGGAGCUCAACACAGUUUCAGACAUGCUCUCUGAUGAGCCUAAUCCAGGCACUCGUCCACUAAAGCGUGACUCAGAGCAGAAGAUCCUCAGCGCAACGCUCAGACUCAACAACAACUUCCUUUCAGACUUGACGGGACUGAUGGACACACUCUCCGCUCUUUACGCUGAGCCCACCCGUCUGGCCUGGCUCGACCUCUCCUUCAAUGAGUUUCAACACAUCCAUCCAGUUCUCACUCAACUUAAAGAGCUACGCUUGUUGUAUCUGCAUGGAAACCGUAUUUGUAAGUUGUCCGAAGUGGAUAAACUUGCUGCGUUGCCGUUUCUCCACACUAUCACUCUGCAUGGCAACCCCAUAGUGACCGAGCGUGACUACAGAGCACAUUUGAUCGGCACCCUUCCUCAUGUGAAGAUGAUUGAUUUCAGCGCUGUCACCAAACAGGAACGGGAGUUGAAUUCAGUUUGGCAGAGGAGCAGAAACCCACAUAAAUCCAUGAGUCACAGCAAAGUGGACUGAACCUUCUCCACCCGACAUCCUGAUACGUCGAA